AUGUCUCCAACCGCUAUUACGAGCACCAAUGGCUAUUCCAACGGCAUCAAGAAUGACACCAAAAGUGUCGAGAAGGCUACCGGACGUGGCGUUCACUUGACGUCGGCGGGUGUUAUCCAGAUGGAGAACAAGUACGGGGCGCACAACUACCAUCCGUUACCCGUCGUCUUCGAUUCCGCAAAAGGCGCCAAAGUAUUGGACCCAGAAGGCAGGGAGUACAUCGACAUGCUUUCUGCCUAUUCGGCCGUAAAUCAGGGACACUGUCACCCAAAGAUUGUCGCGACUCUCAUCGAGCAGGCCCAGAAGCUCACCCUGUCCUCUCGGGCCUUCUACAAUAGUGUCUUUGGCCGCUUCGCUCAGCAGAUCACAGAGAUGUUCAGCUAUGAUAUGGUCCUGCCCAUGAAUACUGGUGCAGAGGCUGUCGAGACGUCGCUGAAGCUCGCACGCAAGUGGGCCUAUAUGAAGAAGAGUGUUCCCGAAGGCAAGGCUAUGAUUCUGAGCGUGGAAGGCAACUUUCACGGGCGGACGCUGGGUGUCAUCAGUAUGAGUACCGAUCCGGACAGCCGCACCGGUUUUGGACCUUACCUUGAAGGUGUCGGACCUACGUAUCUUGACGGCUCCCAGUUGAGCACCAUCAGAUAUGGUGUCGUGGAGGAUGUGGAACGAGCGCUUGAACUGCAUGGUAGGAAUGUCGCAGCUUUCCUUGUGGAGCCGAUUCAGGGCGAAGCUGGAAUUGUUGUUCCCGAAGAGGGAUAUCUCUCACGCGUGCAUGCUCUGUGCAAGAAGCACAACGUGCUCCUUAUCUGUGAUGAGAUCCAAACAGGACUGUGUCGAACGGGAAAGAUGCUGGCUUGCGAGUAUGAUAACGUCCGACCAGAUAUGGUCCUGCUGGGCAAGGCCUUGUCUGGCGGUGUGUACCCUGUUUCUGCCGUCCUGGCCGAUCGGGACAUCAUGCUUUGUAUCAAACCCGGCGAGCAUGGCAGUACCUAUGGAGGAAACCCACUAGGAUGUGCUGUAGCGAUGACGGCUCUCAAUGUACUAGUCGAAGAGCGUCUGGCGGAGCGUGCGAUGGUGCUAGGAGAACUCUUCCGAAGUUCGGUCACCAAGCUCAAUUCUCCGCUGGUGCAAACCGUGCGCGGAAGGGGGCUGUUGAACGCGGUCGUCAUUGAUGAGAGUAAGAGUAGGAAGGGACGUACGGCAUGGCAAUUGUGCUUGCUUUUGAAGAGUCGAGGCGUGUUGGCGAAACCGACACAUGUGAAUAUUAUUCGGUUCGCGCCUCCGCUGGUGAUAUCAGGGGAGGAUCUGUUGAAGGCUGUUAGGAUCAUUGGGGAGUGCUUGGAGGAUCUUGACAAGGUGGAUGUCAUUCCGGGUGAAGAGGAAGAUCAUUAG